AUGUUCAGAAUGCUCAAGUACUAGUAAAAAGAAGGUGAAUAUAGAAAGCUCACAACUAAACCUACUGGAAAACAAAGAUAGUUGUAGGAUUUAAAAAAAAAUUUAACUAAUCCACUACCUCUAAAAGUCUUGUUAUACUAAAAUAAAAUAAUAUCAUAAACUAAACAAGCAAAAAGCAGUAUAUUUAUACAAAGGAAAAGGAUUAAACUUAUGCUCCCUAAGAUAUCUCUUGAUGAUUCAUUAAAUAAAAAGUAUAUUUGA